AUUGCCUUGGUCCCGCUCUUCGGACUAGAAGCCAGGGUAUCACUAUGCGGCUGUGACACCUGGCGGUAUGGGCAGGAACCAGGGAGCCUGGAGGCGGCAGGUGGUCAGAGCCCGAAUCAAGCCUCCUGCAGGGCACAGCUGCCAGCCUCUGCCCGUAUGGAUGAGGCUAUAUUUCUAUGGCAUGCACGGCCUGACCCUGGAUGUGCUGAGCAGCUGCAUACGGCGCUUUCUGCACAGCCGCGACUACCAGCUGCUGGGCUUCUCGUCCCCGUACCGCUGCCUGCUGCAUGCCCUCGCCCACCUGGCUCUGGAGAAGAUCUACCUGCAGAGGAAGAGCUUCCCCGACAAUGCCCUGGCGUUCCACUUUGUCUUCUACCCGUCGGUGUUCGUGGGCCUUCAGAUCCUGCUCCGGAAGACGCUGCUGCAGUGCUCCCCCCAGGAGCGGGCGCUGAGUGCGGCAGAGCUGGGGCUGCAGUAUGCCAUGGCCAUCUACUACUCCCAAGUGUUCCUCCGGAGCUUCCUGAGGCUGCAGUACCAGAGGUGGGAGGGGCAGGCGGGACUGGGGGCUACUACCGGGCACCGGCUGCCGCUCAGCCUGCGCUUCCUCUUCUAUGGCAUGCACGGCUUCAUGGAUGAAGUCUUCUUCACGUCCGCCUUCAACCUGCUGGAGAAGCCGGGGGCCCCGCUCAGCGGACACACAUCCCUGUGGUCGUUCUUCAUGUACGGGAGCUGCAGCCUCAUAGUGGAGAGGCUCUUCUUCCACCUGUGCUAUGGCCGAGGCUGGGGGGCAUGGAGGAGGCUGCCCGUCUACAUCCUCUUCGUCUACACCUGGGAGUUCUGCUGGGGCUUGGGGCUCCGCACAUAUAACGCUUGUUCCUGGGAUUAUUCCCAUUACCCUCUGAACUUCAUGGGCCUGGUGACCCUCAUGUACUUACCAGGGUGGGUGUUCCUCAGCUUCUUCCAGGACCUGCUGUCCAAGGUGCUGCUCCGUAUACGUUUUGUGUAACUAUGGAGGGGAACCAAGUACUGGAACUACAUACAACACUGCUCAAUACUAAGUGGCAUGGACUUCCAAGGAGUUACCAUAGUGUCGGGUACUGAACUUAGGCUGAAUUCACACCACAUUUUUGAAAUACAGUUUCUGUAUGCGUUUCUAAGGGUGAGUUCACACCACGUUUUUCAAGUAUGUUUCUCGUAUACAUUUUCAUUAUUGAAAACGUAUGGAACCGUAUUGAAAACCGUAUACAUAGACAAAUAAUUAAAAACCGUACUGCACCCGCAUACAUUUUUUUUAAAAUGGACGUGGGAAACGCACAUGUAUACGGUUCUAUACGGGAAACCGUAUACGGUUUUUACUUUGCACAUGCGCAUUUGCAUCUUAAAGUCCCCACCAAUACCCCUCCCAUUAAAAAUGGACAACAUUUUCAAAAACGGAUGUUUUUUUAUUUUUUAUUAAAACGGACAGCACUGUAUGCACUUUUAAAAACAGUAUCCGGUGCAUUAUCUCUAUGCCCGGGCUGCAAAAGGUAAACUAAAUAAACUUUAACGCACCUACGUCAGCCUUACGCUGGGGACGGGAACAUCGUACAGCCGUCA